CAAAUGAAUCUGGAUUCUAUGCUUUCGAACCGCAACCACAACAACUACCAGCAAACGAAUCCGGAAUUUAUGCUUUCGAACCGCAACCACAACAACUACCAGCAAACGAAUCCGGAUUCAAAACUUUUCAACCUCAACAACCACCAACAAAUGAAAUUGGUUUUAAUCCUUCAACGGGUGCACCCUUGGCAACGCUUAAUUUUGCGCAAC